CUCUCCCCAGCUCACUGGUUUAGCUCCAAAAUUUUGAAACUUAUAAGCCUUUGUUCUUUCUUUUCUCCCUCAUAGAGCCGAACGCUCUGACCCUUCGGCCUCCAAGCUGCGCAUCUAACCGCUACGCCACUCCUCCCGCCAUUGCUGUUUACAUGUGUGUCACUGUGUGGUAAUACAUGUGAGUUGUCCUCAUGCUGAAAACGAGACAAAGCUGACGCCACUCCCCGAGACGCAAGUAACACACAGCGACUUGGAUAAGUAACUUUAAUCUGAUUACUGGUUUGGGAGCAGUAACGCAACGGAUUUCUCAGUCCUGGAAAGAAGUAGAGUAACAUGUUACUUAUUAAUGCGUUACGGCAUCACUGCCUGUUGGACACAUACACUGCAGAAAAACAUACUAAGACACAUGCUGCUGAGGAAACAUGGGGUAACAUAUAAAAUGGAAUAGAAAUAAAAACGCAAUGAAACUAUAAACAGGAAUAGACAGGAAACCCAUGGACUCCUUUAAAAGCAGUACUUAGAGGCACUCUCCUUUUUUAAUAUAUACAUUUUGAACCUAAGGGGAUUCAUAAAAGCAAUUAGUGUUGUUAAUUUCCACAGUUUUUACAAGCAUCAUUCCUAAAUAGCACAUGCUGCAAAUGAGCCCAAGUACAUUGCACCUCAUAAGCACGUCUCGUGUCUGCGUUCCCUUUUUCCUGAAUGGCAUGCCAUAUGACGCCACUUCCACUCUUUGGCAGCGCAUCACACUGCAAUCAGCAACUGUUAAAAAGUUACACAACUGAACCAGAAGUUGAACCAGAGGGAGAACAGCAUCUGGCACUGUCCCGUGUCUGCGGGGGAGACAGAAACGGGGAGUGAGACGGAGGAAGACGGACCGGGGACCGGAGGAGGACGUGACAUUUUUACAGAAAUGUAAAUGUAUUCAACGCAAAAUAAACAGAAAAGAUUUAAAGACGGAAACACGUUCACACACACACCUGCUCUGCGGUUAAGUAUAGUUCCACUGGAGGGGAGGGGGCUACGAAGCAAAAUAAACAGCAAAUAAGAAAUGAUGAAAUCUAAUUUGGAAGAACGGGAAAAAACACAAACCCUUAUUUUCAGAAAGCACGGCCACAUAGUUUACACACACCCCCUCUCUUUCUGUCUCUCCCCCACCAUACCCUCACCUUUUUUUUUUUCUUUUUUCUUUUUUUUUUUUUUGGAUGAUGAUGAUAUGGGGGAACCCAGAUGUUACAUUUCACUGGCCAAUGGUGAGUAGAGAGGGGCCGGAUUGGUGUGCACUCCUGAUGCCCCUUCUUUUAAAAACGCCUGAGCUCCUGUCUCCAACUCAGCAACUCAACUCACAUGAGAAGGAGCGGCGGCUCAGCUCUGCUCCACCGGCAGCAUCACUCACACCUGAGGAACUGAAGCGGCCGCGCUCAUCCCGGGUCCGAGGCGCUGAAGAACCAGCUGUUUAUUCUUUCUUAACUUUACGUCAAUGCUGUAGAAGAGUUAAAAAAAAAAUCAUCUGUAACUGAACGCGUCAGCACAAUGUUGGAAUUAAGUCAGGCGGCUCUCCUGCUGUGUUUCCUGGCCUCGCCGGCUCUGGGCCAAGGACUUUUGAGGACCAGGAGUCAGUCCGACAAGACCAGGAGAGUGGCCCUCAACACGUUCACUGACACACAGACAACAGGCGUGACUGAGUGGACAUCCUGGUUCAACAUUGACCAUCCCGGGGGGAACGGAGACUACGAGCGUUUGGAGGCGAUACGUUUCUAUUACCGAGAGAGAGUUUGUGCACGGCCAACAGCCAUGGAGGCUCGUACUACAGACUGGGUGGCAGCGGCAGACACUGGGGAAGUGGUCCACUCCAGUCUGGAGAAGGGCUUCUGGUGCAUCAACAAGGAGCAACCGCAUGGCCGCAUUUGUUCCAACUAUCACGUCCGCUUUCAGUGUCCCCCAGUGCAGAGCUAUUGGUCGGACUGGAGUGAGUGGGGUCCCUGUUCAACCACGGUCUGCAAUGACGUAGGCAUCCAGGUCCGCCAGAGAAAAUGCAUGAGCAGUCAGCCCAUGCCUCUUCUGUUGGUGCCAGCAUGUCAGGGACACCAUUCAGAGAGGAAGGAGUGCGGCAACCCUCCAUGCACAGCCAAGUGGAGUCUGUGGAGUCAUUGGGGCACGUGUUCAGUGACCUGCGGUGGGGGUCGCAGGAUAAGAAGAAGGACCUGUGUGAGGACCUCAGUGACAGUGCAGUGUACAGGACGGCCUGUUGAAAUGAAGAAGUGUGGGAAGAAUCCAUGCCCAGCCAAAUGCCAGCAUGUGUGCUCAGAAGGACGUCCCAGUGACGACUGCAGCCACUGUGUGUGCGAAGGCCACGUGCUGCACGGAGACGUCCACAACGUCAUGGGCGUACCUGUGGCUGGAGCCUUGGUGGCUCUGGCCAGCCACCCGAAGGUAAUCCGUGCUCGUACGGAUCCCAAAGGUCAUUUCAGGCUCAAAGGUGUCUGCUCAUCCACCUCGAUACGGAUCAUCAUCAGGAAGGAGAAGUUCGUCCCAGUGACUGUCUCCACCUCCAGUAACACCACAGGGCUGUCCUGGUCAAAGGCUGUCCUCAGAUCAGCAGAAAAGCCUUACAUUGUGAAGCACCCAGAGGACAAAGUGCGUUAUGAGGGAGGACGGGUGCUGUUCUGCUGCAAGGCUACUGGCUCACCAACACCUGACAAAUACUACUGGUACCACAAUGGGACCCUGUUGGACAAGAAGGUGCACAAGUAUGAAGAGGAUCUCAUACUGCGAGAUCUGAAGCCAGAGCAGUCGGGGCAGUAUUACUGCAAAACCAACAGCCCCGUGGGCAGUAUCAAGUCAUCUCCAGCCUUCCUUACUGUGGUUGCAAAGGGAACACCAGCAUGCAAUUCCACGCCUGAGGCACACCUCAUCAGACUACCGAUGGACUGUGUUCAACCUGGGACUAACUCCAAGCACUACAAUGCUGGCCGCUGCCCACACAACAAAUGUGCUGGCUCCCUAGACUUUGAUAUGCGCUGCAGAGAUGGAGCCGAAUUCUGCUGCGGGGUCCAAAGCAUGGAAAGUCGAGUCAUUGACUGUGGAACCUAUAGCCUCCCUAUUCGUGCUGUGACACAGUGCAGUUGUCGGAAGUGUGUGCAGCCAACACUGCUCGUCCGCGGUAGAGUGGUCGCAGCCGAUAAUGGUGAGCCUCUGCGUUUUGGGCACAUUUACAUUGGCAAAGAGAGAGUAGGCACAACAGGAUACCAAGGAGGUUUCACAUUACAAAUUACCCCAGAUACACAGAGAUUAGUUGUGAACUUUGUUGACCCCACCCAGAAGUUGCUUGACACUCCUAAGGUGUUCAUCUUUGAUAAGAAAGGUGGAUCCAUAUAUCACGAUGUGAAAGUGAUGAGAAAGCAAACGCCAAUAGAUAUCAAUGCCGGCGAAACAAAUUCUAUAACUCUAGGGGAAAUCAAAGAUGAAGAUCCCAUAGGGCAGUUAGUCAUUCCUCCUAAUUCCUUCCAUAAGGACAAUGGCGAAAUCUACGAGGGGACUGUGAAAGCCAGCGUCACAUUCAUUGACCCAAGAAACAUCACUACCGCAGCUGCAGCCCCUGGGGACCUCAACUUUGUGGAUGACGAGGGUGACAUGCUACCUUUGAGGACGUAUGGCAUGUUUUCUGUGGACUUCAGAGAUGAGACCAACAAGGAGGUGCUUGGAGCUGGAGCAGUGCAAGUCCUCCUUGACACACAGCAUGUCAAAAUGCAAGAGCACAUUCCCAAAAUGAAACUGUGGUCUCUGAACCCAGACACAGGAGUCUGGGAGGAGGAAAGUGACUUCUCUUACAGCACAACAACUACCGGUGGUCAUGGACGAAGCAAGCGUGAAGAGCGCACGUUCCUGGUAGGCAACAUGGAGAUCAGAGAACGUAGACUCUUCAAUUUAGACGUGCCUGAAAACAGACGCUGCUAUGUCAAGGUUCGUGCCUACAUGAGUGACAAGUUCCUUCCUAGUGAACAGCUGGAGGGUGUUGUAAUCAGCUUGAUAAAUCUGGAGCCCAAACCUGGUUAUUCCUCUAAUCCCAGGGCUUGGGGCCGCUUCGACAGUGUCCUAACUGGACCCAAUGGGGCCUGUUUACCAGCUUUCUGUGAUGCACAGAGGCCCGAUGCUUACACAGCCUAUGUUACGGCAAUGAUGGGUGGGGAAGAACUCGAAGCAGCUCCUUCCUCCCCAAAGAUGAAUCCAAACAUCAUCGGAGUGUCUCAGCCAUAUCUAGAUAAAAUAGACUACCAGCGUUCAGACCAUGAGGAUCCAGCUCUGAAGAAAACAGCCUUCAGAAUCAACCUUGCAAAGCCAAACCAAAACAAUCUGGAUGAGACCAAUGGCCCAAUAUAUCCAUACCAGAAUUUAAUAGCAUGUGAAAAUGCCCCUGUUGAUGCAAAUCAUUUCAGAUUUUUCAGAGUGGAAAAGGACAAAUAUGAAUACAACGUUGUUCCUUUUGAGGAGAAUGAUUUGACUACCUGGACAGGAGACUACCUCUCCUGGUGGCCAAAUCCCCAAGAGUUUAGAGCAUGCUUCAUCAAGGUCAAGAUUCUAGGACAGAAGGAAUUGAUGGUCAGGUCAAGGAAUCUGGGAGGAACACACCGAGAGACAAAGGGCAAACUUUAUGGCAUUAGGGACAUUCGCAGCACCCGGGACAUGCGAGAGGCCAACACCUCAGCAGCAUGUGUGGAGUUCAAAUGCAGUGGCAUGUUAUUUGAUCAAGCUGAGGUGGACAGAUCCAUUAUAUCAGUCCUUCCACAGGGAAACUGUCGCAAAAUCAGCACAAACAACCUCCUACAAGAGUAUCUCAUUAAACAUCCACCAGUCGCUCAAAACAACGAGUCCCAUGCUUUCACCAUGCUAGCACCUGUUGAUCCUUUGGGACACAACUAUGGCAUUUACACAGUCACGGACCAGAACCCCAGAGUGGCCAAAGAGAUCGCUAUUGGACGCUGUUUUGAUGGCACCUCAGAUGGCUUCUCCAGAGAGAUGAAGUCAGACUCCGGAGUGGCACUGACCUUCAGUUGUCCAGAGAGGAAAAUUAACAGGGAAAGCCUCUUCCAGCGUCUCCAGACCAACCCUGGUCAGACAUUGUCUCAGAUGGCCAGGGACAUGAGGGAGUUGGAGGGUGUGCAAGUGCAGAGAUCAUCCAGCCAAGUGGUGGUUUAUCCUUCAGAGCAGCGAGGUCGCAGAGUUAGCUCCACCACGAGGAGGAGAGUGUCCACACGCACGCAACAACGCCAGUAGAAGUUUUCAAUUGAAACUGAUACGGUGACAUCAUAUGAUGAGUGUGAAUUCCACCCAGACUAUGAAAAACUGAGACAGCAAUUUAGCAAAAUCAUCAAGCAUGAUGGCAGAUAUUCAUUGGUCUGAUAUUUACUUGAAGGGUUUGGUAUUAAUUUCUUCCUUUCCUCCUAAGAAGACAAACAUAAUUUGUGUAUAUGUAACUCAGUGACUGACAUUUAUUUAAUUGGCUUUGGUCUAAUUUUAUGAGUGAAUACACUCAAUUAACAGUUUUACAACUUUUAUGCAUCAAAUUUGUGGCAUUCCCCAUGGUGCGUGUUUUUGCUGACAUUUUUCAAUGCUUGAGGGGACACUAAACCUUCAAAUACUGUAAAUACUAUGGCAGGCUCUUAGCACUUUGUAACCGACAGUUGCUUUCCACUGAAGUCAUACUUUUCUUCAAGAUCAAAAAGAAACCAACACAAGGUCGUUGUUGUCUGCAGCAGACACUUAGCCCUUUUUCUACAAACUGGGAAAAUCUCCCUCCACCAAGGGGAGGCACACUCAACAGAGACAGUGGGGUGAGGCAUGGCACACAGGGAACAGAGGAUGUUUUCAGUCAAGCUUUUCAAUGUUUUUAUUAGCAUGCCAGAUUGCUGACUGUGAAUCAACCAAAUGUCCUUACACACCUACUUAAAAUGUGCAAGACCAAGGUUGUCGCCAAAACAAGCACAGAGCAGACUGUAGGCGGACUAAAAUGAAGAUAAUAGAUUACAAGGUACAUGUGGCAUAAUUUCCUCAUUUCCUCUUCACUUUACAACUUAGCACGUCACCCAGCAAAAUGUUACUAAAAGCACUGCAUUCCUCAAUACUCCAUUUUUGCCGAAGGAAGCAAAUCCAAGGUUUAAAUUAAUUUAGUUUUUGGUGUCGUUGGAGGACUUGCGAGCUGUCUUUGUAUCCUGAAGUGCAAUAAGUAGAAUUAAACUUGAGAUUUAGUCAAAUUUUGCUUCUUCCAAACUAUUUCAGUACCUUAAAAAUGAGAUGUUAGAGUGUUUGUGGCAGGUACGGUGGCUAAGGGACCUUGCACAGGACUCAUUUUGUAUGACUUUUAUCAAAUGACUGCCAUUUAAUCAGUUUUUGAUUCUCUGAAUUUACUCAUUAGCGCAUGACUCCUAGUAAUCUUUCUAGUUUCAGAGUGCUUUCUUAUUAGUAGUUAAAACUCUCAACACAUUCUGUGGUUCUUGCUGUUAAAACUAUGCACGAAUUAUGAAACUUUAUUAUUUGACUUUUAGGCUAUUUUAACCAAAGUCAGUCAUAGGCAUUAAGUUUACUUAGUGUUAAAAUCUCCAAACUUGUGUAUCUGCACCACUGGCUGUUGUAGACCCACGGGAGAAGCUCAACAAGCUGAACUAAUCCAAAUCCAAAUAAGGAGCACUGUGGUCCUUGGAGGAACCAGGAAAGGCUGAUGAGUAAACAUAAGUCUGCUGCUAAUUAGAAAAUAAAUUGCACAAUCUCAAGAGGCCUGUAAAAAAACAAUUUGACCGUGAUUUUUACAAGCAGUCAAACAUGUUAAUUUUCCAGGAGACCAUGAGUGAACUUAAGUAUUAAACAAUAUCCUGGGCCCAAGAGUAAUACAGUAAAACGUAUUUACAACGAAAUUGCCCCCAGACACCUGAAAAGUUAACUUCUUAAUAUGUUGUCAUAAAUGUCAGUGAAAUUAAUGCUAUUGCAUUUUUUAUUUCCAAAGACUUGUCAUUUAAGGUGUUCUAAAAGGUGCCUCUGCAAAGCUGUGUAAAUGACAACCAUAUAUUAGAUCGCCACCCUUGUGCCUGGCCCCAAGGAGAUUUCUUUUUUUUUUCCAUUACUUACUAAGAGCACCCCAGUCCAGAAAAACACACACUCAAGAAAGAGGAAUAAAGAAUGACAGCUUGUGUCUCCUUUCUCAUUAUCACAGACCUCUCUAAUCACAGGCCUCUGGGCUGAUGGAACAGUUCAGAUCUCCAGAUGAAAACAAACAUCUCACAGCAACAGAUGCAGCAUCCACCCUGUGAGGACGAUGAUGAUUGAAUCCAGGUGUAGGAAGCGAUAAGUCCUGUAAAAAUGCAGUGGUGUGUGAGGUCAGCUGAGGAGGCCCAGCAGAUGUAGAGCAGCUAAAGGAAAUGUUAGAACGAAGACAUCAAGAGAAAGAGAGGCAAGAUUAUGGAUUUAAUCAAUUCGGGGUACUGUUUGGUUAAAAAAAAAAGAAAGAAGGGAAAAUAUUCGUGGUCUUUGGCCUCACAGUCCAUCACUUACAGAAUCUUGGGCUUUGAAAGUGGUUGCACAUGGAGGAAUCCAGAUUUUCUUCAGAGCAUGCUUUGACAGGGGAAUUGGCUUAUUCAUGAGGAGAAGUUAUCAGGGCAGCUUGAAGGACAAGGUAACAGUAAUAGCCUGAGUAAGCCAUUAUAUAACACUUUGCAUGGGAAAGUAAGCUGUUUUCCCCAAACUGUUAUUUUGUCUUUGGGGAACUUCAAAUGAGAUUAGGGAAUCUCUGCAAAGUUUGGUUUAAUGGUGUAAGCAAAAGUUUCCAGAGUUUUUAAAACCUGUAGUUUAAGCCUGAAUCCAACAAAUAAAACACACUGCAAAAUUCAUUUUUAAUAGGCAGAAAAUGUUCAUCAUCGUUAAUCUGACGCGCCAGACGGUUUCUGGGAAGUCGUCCUAGGAAAUUGUUUGGAAAGAAUAAACUUUGCUAAAAUCACAGGCUAACUUCACCCAAUAAGAUCAACAAACUUUAUGACAUAAUAGGAAGGCACCAAAGAGCUGACAGCUCUGAAAGCUGGUAAGGAGUCAGUGUAGCGCGCUGUGUAGUUAGCAUGUCCACAGGCAAUACUUAGUGUCUUUUUAAGAAAAAAAUGCACUUGAAAUGGAGUCUUAUGCGACCAUGGUCACAACUAAAACACGCCCAUAACUGCCUCAGAGGACUCUGAUUGAGAUGCACAGUUGUAAAUUGGUCACCAGAACAAAGCUUGAAGCCUGGGACGAUGGCUUGGGCUUGUUUAAACUUGGGAUCUCACAGAAAUCUAGGUAAAGUAGUAAUCGUUUGAGCUUACAUUGAGUCAUCCAAAUAAUAGUUCGUAUUAUGUUUUACACUUGAGUGCAUGACAUGUUGAAAAAUAAGCCAAAAAAAUUCAUUCUUUCCAAAUUUCUCACCAGGUGGAAAGUUCACUGGUCAUUAAUUUCUGUCAGUCAAGUAUGAGGCUACACUUUACUGUAUACAGAUGAAGUGAGCACAGCAUCAUAAUUCAGAUUUCUCAGAAUCUCUUGGCAUGGAGGAGAAUAAGCGGAUUUCCCAAAAUGUACGACCAUUCAUUCGCUGAACAGGCAGCGUCGCAGAGCUUCGGUGCUUGAAAAUAGCUUAUUUUCUAGGCUGUUUUCAUGCAAACCUUUUGCCUAAAUUAAGAGCGUUUGGUGACAACUGAAAUUUCAAGUUUAUUUCUUUUUAAAAUACUUCACUUGGUUUUGCCCGUCUUACACCGUAAUGCUAACCGGUUCAAGCACAAGUCUCUGAAUCCCCCAUGAAAAUGCAACAAUUAAUCAUCAGUUUAACCAUGAACAGAUUCAUCCAUUUCCUCUUCUGUGCAAUGUAGCUGAUCUCAGGGAGAUCAUAAUUUAUUCAGAAGGUCAUCCUUGAACCUUUCCAUCACUUUCUGGGAUUUACUGUAUGGAAAGAACUGUAUAUUUGCAUCUGGUCCAUUGGAAGCAACCCUGAGCAGUAAAUGGAUUACAUAAGUGAAUAAUACUCUUAGCUGCUUAGUUUAGCUAUUGCAUGGUGAUGCCAGUCGCUUUGUUUCCCUCUGAAUUAAGUUUUCAUGUGUAAAUUGAGUAUUGUAUUUAAUCUGCAAUAAUUGUUUGGACAAGAACCUGUAAAUAAAUGAUUUUGUGUAAACUUUUUGAUCGAUA